AAGUGAUUUCAAUUAUGAUAAUGUUCUGAAAGCUAUGCUCACUCUCUUCGUUGUUUCAACAUUCGAGGGCUGGCCUGGAAUACUGUAUGUCUCUAUUGACUCCAACGAAGUUGAUGUUGGUCCUCGACACAACUACCGGCCUGUGGUCGCCAUCUUCUAUUUUAUUUACAUUAUCAUCAUAGCUUUUUUCAUGGUCAACAUAUUCGUCGGUUUCGUCAUCGUCACCUUCCAGUCCGAGGGGGAGUCUGCUUUCAAGCACUGUGAACUAGAUAAAAACCAGAGGAACUGUAUAGAGUUUGCUCUGAACGCUAAACCUGUCCGUAGAUAUAUACCCAAGAACCCUAUACAGUACAAGCUGUGGGCCUUUGCUACCUCUCCCGCCUGUGAGUACACCGUCUUUAUUGCCAUUAUGGCAAACACCCUCUCAUUGGCCAUGAAGUUUUAUAAACAACCACAGUUGUACACUGAAGUGCUCGAUGUUUUCAAUAUUCUAUUCACUGUUUUCUUCACCUUGGAGUUUAUUCUCAAACUGGGGGCCUUUAGGUUUAAGAACUAUUUUGCGGAUCCAUGGAACACAUUCGAUUUUGUGAUCGUUUUUGGCAGUAUUAUAGACAUAACAUAUAGUGAACUUAAUCCUGGCAAUGAUAAUAUGAUAUCUGUCAGUUUCUUCCGAUUGUUCCGAGUAAUGAGGCUCGUUAAACUUCUUUCAAAGGGAGAGGGGAUUCGAACACUUCUCUGGACUUUUAUCAAAUCUUUUCAAGCGUUGCCAUGGGUCGCUCUGCUUAUAGCUCUUAUUUUCUUUAUUUAUGGAGUUGUAGGGAUGCAGGUGUUUGGAAAGAUUGCACUACAGGAGGGAACAGAAAUUCAUAGAAAUAAUAAUUUUCAAACCUUCCCUCAGGCCCUUCUCGUUCUAUUCAGGUCUGCUACUGGUGAAGCUUGGCAAGAGAUAAUGUUAGAUUGUAUUCACAAACCUGAAGCACGCUGUGAUCCUAAGUCCGAUGACAAAGACCCUGAUGGUCUGGGUUGUGGGACAGAUGUUGCAUACUUCUAUUUCAUUUCCUUCUUCGUUGUCUGCAGCUUCCUAAUCCUCAAUCUCUUCGUCGCGGUCAUUAUGGACAACUUCGACUACCUCACCAGGGACUGGUCCAUUUUAGGGCCCCAUCAUUUGGACGAAUUUGUCCGACUGUGGUCUGAGUAUGAUCCAGAUGCGAAGGGUCGAAUAAAACAUGUGGAUGUGGUAACACUUCUACGGAAAAUAUCUCCACCCCUGGGCUUCGGCAAACUUUGCCCUCAUAGAGUAGCAUGCAAAAGACUGGUAGCCAUGAAUAUGCCGUUGAAAGCAGACGGAACUGUGGAGUUUCGAGCAACCCUAUUUGCUGUGAUCAGAACAUCAUUAAAAAUCAAAAUGGACGGACCAAUCGAUCAAUGCAAUCAUGAACUGCGAGCUAUAAUGCGUAAGAUUUGGAAACGAACCCCAGAGAAGAUCCUUGAUAGUGUGGUCCCUCCUCCUGGAGACGAAGAUGAAGUGACCGUGGGAAAAUUCUAUGCGACAUUUCUUAUUCAAGAUUAUUUCAGGAGAUUUAAAAAGAAGAAAGAGACAAGGUUAGCUGUUGAACGUCUGGAACUUGAGGAGGAAACCACCGUGUCUUUACAGGCUGGUUUAAGAACCCUCCAUGAAUCUGGACCUGAGCUAAAGAGAACUAUAUCGGGAAACCUAGAUGACCAUGCUGAGGUUGAGCUUGAACCCAAUACCAGAAGGAAUAUUCCAUUCUUUGGCAGCAUGUUAUCUAGUAUGAAACGAAAAGCAAGCGUAAGAAACAAUACUAAUGGCAAUGGAAACAGUUUACCACAUGCUAGAGUCUGUCCCAGCCAUGAUACUUUCAAUACUUACCUCACACCUCAGGAGUCAGUCGACUGUACGUAUACCAGGAUGACACCCGUUAAGCUAGCAAACAAUGGAAACUAUGAAACUCAAAAUAGCUGCUCCUCCUACUCUGGUCCUGCCACGCCCCCUGGGGAUGGUGAGGAAGAGUAUGGGAGUGUAUUCCUUGACGUUGUAUCCGGUACUGCGCAUUGGUCCCCAGAGAUACCACAUCGCGCUCUUACUCCAGAUAGAAUAAUGGGCACUAUCUUCCUGGGACGUUUGACAUUCUCCCAGAAUGGUAGCACAGCUAGAGGAUCAAGAUCUGUGCCAACAAGUCCGAGUGAAAAUAUUAAACGUUCAAAUAGUCAGUCAACUGAGGACUGGGAGCUGAGUAACCUGUUGGGAUCUCCGGAAGAAGAAAAUAAUUUUGGUUCCACUUGCUCAUCACCUUGUGAAAUCAGGUGUCCACCAAUCCACCAUCUUCUACCUGAGAUAAAUGUUGCAGCGCAUGGCUCCCCCUCUCCGGAACCAACAACUCCAACCUCAGUUUAUGCUUCAGUGCCACCUUCUUUGUCAACCACACCGUCGUCUGUGAAUCCAACAGGAUUCAAGUUUCCGCCAUCUUGCCCGUCCAACGGACAGUACCAGCCUAGUGUUCCCUAUCUACCUGCCUCCUGCCUCUCCUCGCCGCAGGGCUCAAAUCAAGGAAUUUUGUCACCAACUAUACAAUACUCAAAUUCACGUGAAUGCGGAAGUACGCCACCAAACUCAGCGAGUUCCAACUACAGUCUUUCUCUGUUCUGCUCGAGUCCAACCAAUCUAAAGCUCAACAACUCAAAACAUAGUCUUAGUUCUGCACACAGUGUUACACCGUCAUAAACAAACUGAAUUUUUGUCAUAAACUAUCCAAUCGGAACUGUGUGCAACUGUUCUCAUAUUGCGCGGAAUUGUGUAGAAAUAACAGGGCCCGCAAUUGCGCGCUUGUAAAAUCCAUUUGCGCGUUGGAAACCCUACUGCAAACUAAAAAUUUUCUUAUCCCUUACUUUGCAAUCUGAUAGGUUUAAUCUUUGAUAUUUCAAGCUUAGAUUAUUUGAGCUAACUGAAUUCAAAGUUUGAAAUAUCAGAGCUCUACGACAUCGUUUUGAGAAGAUACAGGUAAUAGAAAAUCAGAAUUUGUAGCAAAAACUCACAGUUAGCUUUUUAAAAUUAUUUUAAAAGAAAGGAUCACAUAUUAU